CUGAGAUCUGUCAGUGUAACCUUCCGCCUGCGGUAGAUGUGCUGAGGCUGGAGUAGCCACCAUUUUGCAUGUCUAGUGUGUUCCUCCUUCCAUUGCUAAUAGAGACGAUUUCUGGUAUUAUCUGGCAUCAUUCCGGCUUAGAAUGCCAGCUCCGAUCAGACUGCGGGAGCUGAUCCGGACUAUCCGGACAGCACGAACCCAAGCAGAGGAGCGAGAGAUGAUCCAGAAAGAGUGUGCUGCUAUCCGCUCAUCUUUCAGAGAGGAAGAUAAUACCUAUCGUUGCAGAAAUGUGGCAAAGCUACUGUAUAUGCACAUGUUGGGCUACCCAGCCCAUUUUGGUCAACUGGAGUGCCUGAAGCUUAUUGCAUCCCAGAAGUUCACAGACAAACGAAUAGGUUAUUUAGGUGCUAUGCUGCUGUUGGAUGAGAGGCAGGAUGUUCAUCUACUAAUGACGAAUUGCAUUAAAAAUGACCUAAACCACAGUACACAGUAUGUCCAGGGUCUGGCCUUGUGCACUUUGGGUUGCAUGGGUUCAUCGGAGAUGUGUCGGGACUUGGCUGGUGAAGUGGAGAAGCUGCUAAAAACGUCCAACUCGUACUUGAGAAAAAAGGCGGCCUUGUGUGCGGUUCAUGUUAUAAGAAAAGUUCCAGAACUUAUGGAAAUGUUCCUUCCAGCCACAAAAAACCUGCUCAGCGAGAAGAACCAUGGUGUUCUCCAUACAUCAGUUGUUCUCCUCACUGAGAUGUGUGAGAGAAGCCCAGAUAUGCUGGCCCACUUCAGAAAGCUGGUUCCACAGUUGGUGAGGAUCCUGAAGAACCUAAUCAUGUCCGGGUACUCUCCUGAGCAUGAUGUGUCAGGCAUUAGCGACCCUUUCCUUCAGGUGCGGAUAUUAAGACUUCUACGAAUUCUGGGUAAAAGUGAUGACGACUCUAGUGAAGCAAUGAAUGACAUUCUUGCACAGGUUGCAACAAAUACAGAGACAAGUAAAAAUGUUGGCAAUGCAAUCUUGUAUGAGACCGUAUUGACCAUAAUGGACAUAAAGUCUGAAAGUGGACUACGAGUCUUGGCCAUUAACAUUUUAGGUCGCUUCCUUUUAAACAAUGACAAAAAUAUCAGAUAUGUGGCAUUGACAUCUCUACUGAAGACUGUACAGACAGACCAUAAUGCAGUGCAGAGGCAUAGGAGCACUAUUGUGGAUUGUCUGAAAGACCUGGAUGUUUCAAUUAAGAGACGCGCAAUGGAACUAAGCUUUGCUCUAGUGAAUGGCAACAACAUCCGAGGAAUGAUGAAGGAGCUGCUGUACUUUCUGGAUUCCUGUGACCCCGAAUUUAAAGCCGACUGUGCAUCAGGAGUCUUUCUAGCUGCAGAAAAAUACGCGCCAUCCAAACGAUGGCACAUAGACACAAUUAUGAGGGUCCUGACCACAGCAGGGAGCUACGUCCGAGAUGACUCUGUUCCCAAUCUCAUCCAGCUGAUUACUAACAGUGUGGAGAUGCACGCCUACACAGUCCAGAGACUCUAUAAGGCACUGCUGGAUGACAUUUCACAGCAACCUUUAGUGCAGGUGGCGUCAUGGUGCAUAGGUGAAUAUGGGGACCUGCUUGUAUCUGGACAAUGUGAAGAAGAGGAGCCAAUCCAGGUGACAGAGGAUGAAGUUCUGGACGUGCUGGAAGGACUUCUAGUGUCUAAUUUGUCAACUCCUGUAACUCGGGGCUACGCUCUUACUGCCAUCAUGAAGCUGUCUACACGCUUCAGCAGUGUUAACCGAAUCAAAAAGGUUGUUUCAAUAUAUGGAAGCAGCAUUGAUGUGGAACUGCAGCAAAGAGCAGUGGAAUAUAAUGCACUUUUCAAAAAAUAUGACCAUAUGAGGCCGGCUUUAUUAGAACGGAUGCCCAUUAUGGAGAAGACCUCCACAAAUGGCCCAACAGACAUAGUCCAGACCAAUGGAGAGACUGAGUCCUCUGUUGUAGAGUCUAAACAUCCACCCCCAGUCACCCAGCCAGCCAACCAGGCCAAUGAUUUAUUAGAUUUGCUCGGUGGUAAUGAUGUCCCAAUAAUUCAGACAACACUACCCACAAAACCAGCUUCAGCAGGUGGAGAGCUUCUUGAUCUGCUCGGUGAUCUCUCACUAAGCGGUAAUUCAGCGCCUCCUGCUCCCACUGUCCCGGUUUCCCAGCCCCCUUUCCUUUUAGACGGCCUUUCCUCACCGCCCCUUUUUAACGAUAUUGCAGCAGCAGGUAUCCCACCCAUGACGGCAUAUAACAAGAAUGGUUUGAAGAUAGACUUCACAUUUGAGAGAGCUAACCCUAAUCCAAACAUCGCAGUCAUCACCAUUCAUGCUUCCAACUCAACAGAGGCAGAAAUGACAGAUUUUGUUUUUCAAGCUGCAGUACCAAAGACGUUCCAGCUGCAGCUCCUAUCACCCAGUAGUAAUGUUGUCCCAGCACUAAACCAAGGAACGGUAACACAGGUCAUCAGAGUUCUCAAUCCACAGAAGCAACACCUACGAAUGAGGAUCAAGUUAACCUACACCCAUAAAGGCUCACCUGUGCAAGACCUGGCUGAGGUGAACAACUUCCCACCUCAGUCAUGGCAGUGAUUAUUGCCUGUGUGGCUCCUAAAAGCCCCGUUAAGGGAACUUUGAAAACUAUUUUCUUUUCACUUCCCUCCUUCUUCCAACGGAUCCCCCUGUGACACACACAGACAGCUGCCCUCAAGUUGCAUGGGAAGCAGCAAAGAAUCUCAACACAGGAGAAAAAUGUUGAUGUUAUGAAGAUCUUUUAGAGAACAAUUCGGAAAACAUAUCAAUCAAUGUACUACUCUUGUGUGUGUGUGUGUGUUUUGUUUUUUUUUUGUCAUGUAUUUCAUAAUUUAACUUCAUAGAUCAUAUUUGCGCCACUUAGUUUUCAAGAGAAAUAAUCCAAUAUUAUAAAUUUAGUCAAAUGUAUGCUUGAUUAAAUUAAAUUAUCGACACAGUUAGUUAAAUGUUUCUGUUUGCAAUCAGAGCUUGACCUGAAGGCACAUGUCUCUGUGGAGGUCAAACUCCCACAUGUUACAAAUUUCAGGUUUAAGCCUUUUAGUAAUUUGUGAUUAUAUUAAUUUUAUAUUAUGAAUAGGUGACAAAAAAUAACAACUUUUGUCACAUGAUGGUUACAAAUGGAAUUCAUCUGGUUGUUCUUUUUAUCUUCAGGGGUCUAUAAUAAAUUAAAAUAUGUGAACUUUCUGCAUCAAACCUAUCCAAACCUGGGUCCUUACAUUCUAGCUUACAGUUUAGAUCUUGCAUAUAGAUUGCUAAUAGUCCAACUUUCUUUAACUUGGUCACCAUGCACAUACAUGGUAGUUUUGAAUGUAGUUACCAUGCACUGAAUGCUUUUCUUCUGUUUCUUCUAUUAAUCUUUUUCAUAACUGUCUCCUCUCUUGGGGGCCCUCACCCUUUUGGCACUACUAUGAUUUAUGUUUGUCUUUAGUCGAUUGACUUAAUUAUUUAUGCCUGAUAUCAAAGUGAUGUGCCUUUCUGACUUGGGUGGAAACUCUUGAGUUCUUUUCAGAGCUUUGUUUGUAUGUCUUCUUAAAUGCUGUUGGAAUCUGAGGUCGUUGUGCAGCUUCAAAUGUGAUCAUACUUUUUUUCCUUUUUUUUUUUUUUUUUUGGGUGAUGCGCUAACGACUGUCAUAUGAAAUUUUCUGGAGGCCAAAAAAUAUUGUUCAUUAGUCCCAAUUUAUGUUCUUCACAUAUUCUAAAACCUGGAGAAUUCAAACUGUCAAACGAAAUCUUGAUUUCUGGCAGCUAAAGUAAUAAUCAGUAGUGAGAUGCCUACUGGUACUGUGGUACUGGGUGUGGUGAUAGUGCAUUACAAAGAGACUUCAAAUUCUAAUCGUAUCUAUGCUGUCCGGGACAGUAUUCUUAGUACCUCUCAAUGUUCUUGUGUUUUGGCAUUGGAAUGAGCUUUGAAAAUGAAAUGGAAGCAUUUGCAUGAAAGGGUGAGUGAUAUUGUACCCAUCACUUAUCAGCACCAUAAUGGUGAGUGGGAAUCAACAGAUGUUUAAUUGUGAGGUAGUUUUCACUAUGCUUCACUGUCUAACUUAACUUGUGACCAAAUUGGUAAGACUUUUAGCUUUGGACAUAUUUGAGCUGUUUAUGUAUAUGGAGAAAAUUAACAUUAUGUUGCUGAAAAAUACUUUGGCGUGUUAUGUACAUACGGAGAGCUUUUACAGUGAUCUCUUGUAUGAUCUAAAUUUUGGUCUCUUGUACUAUCUUUCAUCAUUUUUUUUAGAUCAUUUUUAACUUUUCAUUUUCUAAAUAAUCCAAUUAUUCACCUUGUAUAUUACUAAUUACAUCUAGUCAGCACUGGUCUCCAAAGACCUCUGUGUAUCAUCACUUACUUAUUGUAAAAUAUAUGAUCUGCCUGUAUAUUGUAUAUAGUUACAAACAAAAGCUGAUCAAAUUAAUAAAACACAAAAGAUUUAGACAAGAAA